AUGCAUCUAUUACUUAUUUACCUUCUCUAUUCAGGUGGGGCUGGUCAUAACGAGCUGCAGAUCGAGACAACUGCAUCUCCUUCGACUACCCCGCGAGGCCUCGCAGUGAGCAGCGGCUGGAGCAACUUCACAGUCCAAGCCGGGACCAAGUUCACCCUUCACUGUUACUACCAGCCCCACGAUGAGAACACCUCCGUGAGUCUUUAA